GCUCGGGAGAUUUCAGAUUUGUCGAUUUGCUCAGCAAUGGCGCCACCGAUUGAGGUUUCUACCAAAAGCUACGUUGAGAAACAUGUUCCACUUCCUACUCUUAAUGAGAGGAUACUUUCGUCCAUGAGCCACAGAUCAGUUGCUGCACACCCAUGGCAUGAUCUCGAGAUAGGACCUGAAGCCCCAAUUAUCUUCAAUUGUGUGGUUGAGAUAGGAAAAGGGAGCAAGGUGAAGUAUGAACUCGACAAAACUACCGGUCUCAUUAAGGUCGAUCGUAUUCUUUACUCAUCUGUCGUAUACCCACACAACUAUGGGUUCAUUCCGCGUACCCUUUGUGAGGACAGUGACCCUAUUGAUGUUCUUGUCAUUAUGCAGGAACCGGUGAUCCCAGGAUGCUUUCUUCGGGCCAAAGCUAUUGGUCUGAUGCCAAUGAUUGACCAGGGUGAGAAAGACGACAAGAUUAUUGCUGUCUGCGCUGAUGAUCCAGAGUAUCGCCAUUACAACGACAUCAGUGAGCUUCCGCCUCAUCGUAUGGCUGAGAUCCGCCGUUUCUUUGAAGACUAUAAGAAAAACGAGAACAAGGAAGUAGCCGUUAACGACUUCCUUCCUGCAACUGCAGCCUACGACGCAGUUCAGCAUUCCAUGGAUCUCUAUGCGGACUACGUGGUGGAGAACCUAAGACGUUGAUUUACCUCCCAAGCUAUGAAAUGAAAGCUCUAUAAAUAUACAUACAUAUGUUAGGAUUCUCAAAGGAUAUAUUUGUGUAUGUCCUCUGAUGAAUCCGUUAGAUGAUGCCGAUAAUUCAAAGACUAAAACAGGGAUUUUACC